AUGGGUCCUCUGCCUCGACCAUCCAGGGACACUCUGCUGCGUGCGAAGGCUCCUUCUGGUCAUCGACGACGAUCAGCCAAACAGCACGCGCUCCCAAGAGCUGCUCGUGCAGAAACCUAUGAUAUCCCCGACACUCCUGAGCAGCUCAAAAUACCAAAGUUGAGACGGCCACGCGCUCAAGCGCUUGAUUUCUCACCCUUGCGCCCACGACAGAAACAGCAGCCAGCAGCGUCUACCGUACAGCCUCAGGAUACGUUAGCGAAUCAGGCCGCCGUAGAAGAUCACGAAACUGCCCAGGAGCUACAUAGCACGGCCGACCUAACACAUCCAAGGCGAUCCUUCCGAGCGCAGGCGACGAGUGAGUUGACGCCCGCUGAAAAAUCCGUGGGCGGCGCCAAACGACAUGCAUUGCCAUCUGUUCCGGCGAAAGAGAAUGACGAGAACGCCGAUAGUCCCAUCGUCAGUCCGCGUCGUGGUGGCGCUGUGGUUGUAAGCACUGCGGCCCCUGUAACUCCUCUUAAACGGGGGCGCUCACCGAAGGAAGUUGGCAGUAAAGCUUCGCGGAAAAGUGCUAGCCUGGCAAAAAAUGUUCCUCAUGAGUAUGGUGAAGGUCAUGGGGAGCCAGAGGAAGCCGAGCCUGUACGACGAACGUACAAGUCAGCGAAAGGCAAAGGACCUCUCAUUGAGAACCAGGAUACGACGCGCGCGAAGCCAACGAAAAUCCGUCUAAGUGAGUUGGGCUAUCCUGUACAAACACCGACGACUGUAAAUUCUGGUGGCAAAGACGAAAGUGCUCCUAAUGGUGAUCCUCGUGCGAAUGAAGAACAAGACGAAGAUGUCGAGCAAACCCACGAAGCCCAGGCUAGCACUGCGUCUCAGAAGAGCAAAGUCCAGCGAGUGCCCAAGAGGACUAAGGCCGCGAAGUUGAAGCGUAAAAGUACGACUGCACUGCCGAAGGUCUUUGCAGCGGAUGAAGAGCUCCACGAUGACUCUGGACGCGGCGUGGAGGACGACGGGGACUCUCUGGGGCAACAAUACAUCGUGGUCAAAAAUAUUUACACCAAUGUAGUGCCCAAAGUCGAGGCAAUGGGCGAUGGUGAACUACUUGAUGCAACUAUCGAUGAAUUGCGGUUGGCCUGCAGGUCAUUCCGACAACACCUUCGCCAGCUUCGAGAAUCGCCAGAUGACGCAGAGCUACUAUCAGGGCUGCCGAGAGGCCUCGAGACUGUCCGGUCCCAGGUUGAGGUACUUUGUGAGGAAAACGCGGAUAGAGAAAGAAACCGCUUGCAGAGUCAAAGCAUUUACUUCUGCCUAUUUCCUGCGCUUGUGCGAGUUCUGUGGUCUUUGAUCAGAUGCUACAAGGCGCUAGACUUACAGAAAGACACCGAUGGCAUGUCUGUGACUAUCACGCACGUGAAGGACAUCAAGAGGUUCACAGGUACCAUUCUCAAACUGGGAGAUUCAGCAAAACGUUAUGUCAGACCUCAAAUUGUUGUUGUGCGAGACGUCACAAGAGGGAUUCUCGUGCCACUCAGAAAGGUUCACAACGCCUUGCAGCGAGAGGUGUUCGAAUACGAUGAGGAGCGGCAGCGUGAACAAAGGGAAGCCAGACACGCUCAAGCUAGAGAGGCCGCAGAAUUGGAGGCCGCUCACGCAAAAGCAGAAAGGGCCAGAUGGCAAACCAUCCAAGAGAAGUGGUCCAGGCUUCACGUUGAGCGCAAGCUAGCUGACGAGUGUAUAAUUCCACUGGCCAAGCGACGCCAUCUUCGUCAACCUAGCGCUGAACCCGAGCAAGAUCAGAACGGAGAACGUUUCACCCGGGUUGAGGUGUUCCGGCCACGCGUAGGACCACAACCUGGCCUUGUGAACCGCAUCAAGUCGCAAGUGUGGCCGAGGCAGAGCCAAACUGCGCUCGUUGAGGGGCUCAUGACAUGGGCGGGGGAUGCUCUCGUCUUUGAAAGGAUAUUCCGUGCAUACUGUGGGCGCAACGGACCACUGAAUCCCUACAACGUCACUGAAAUCGUCGUUCAAGCCGCGCUUCUCAAGCACGUUCUUGAAUCGGACUGUGAUCCGCAUGCAGAGGAUGCCGCGUGGGUGGCGCAGAUACCGGACUGGACUAAGCCUGACGUGCUCAUGCAACAGUUGCAAGCUCCUAUAUCCGAGGGGGGCUCGGAUGUAGACUCCUGCUAA